AUGGAUCUGCUCACAAUCGCCAUCUGUCACUUGCUGCUUUUGUUUUUUGAUCCAUCGGCAGCCACAAGCCUCAUCACAGCUGAUAUAUUUGAGGCUAGAGGUCAGCGCGUGUGCAAGGCAGGAAAAGGGAGGCCCUGUUACAAGCUGGCCUAUUUCUCCGAGCUCCGGCGGAGGCUGAACUUUGUAGAGGCCGAGCUCGCCUGCAAACGGGACGGAGGGCAGCUGCUGAGCGUGGAGUCGGAGUCCGAGCAGAAGAUCAUAGAGCAGCUCAUCACAGAGCUCCGCCCGACGGAUGGAGACUUCUGGAUUGGUCUGCGGCGCAACGGAGGAGGCUCGGACAGCAGCUCGGACUGCUCCUCGCAGUACUCCUGGCUGGACAGCAGCAAGUCCACAUUUAGGCACUGGCACUGGGACGAGCCUUCAUGCGGCUACGAAGUGUGUGUGGUGAUGUAUCACCAGCCGUCUGCACCCCCGGGUCUGGGCGGACUCUACAUGUUCCAGUGGAACGACGACAACUGCGAAACCAAGAACAACUUCAUCUGUAAAUACACUGCAGAGAAUCCACUGGACCCAUCAUCCGCUCCUAACUCCACUCAAACAGAUGUCUUCCCUGCAUCUGUGCUGCCAUUGAAUCCAAGUGACCAAAAUCCAGACAGAAGUACAGCUAUGAACUUGGUUUACAUCAUCAUUCCCACUAUUCCCCUGAUACUGCUGUUGCUGACAGUGACUGGAGUCUGCUGCUUCAAACUGCUUGGCCCACGGUGAGGAAAAGAGCAGAAAUCAGAGGUUUGCCAGACGGACCCAGGCCUCUGCCCCAGCCCAAUCCCGACUGACGUCUACAAGGUCAUUCGCUCCCAGAAGGAUGAUGACCUGGUUUCAACUCGCCCACCAACCAAAAACACCUCCUUUCUCUGCUCCUCUCCUGAUACACCCACGGGCGACUACGACAACCUGGGGGGUCGGGACACAGAGAGCGGGUUUGUGACUCUUGCCAGCACAGAGAGCUGCUUCCUCAACUUAGACAUCAAUGACCUCAGCCUCGGACGCCGUGGCACCCGCGACUUCUACGACACCAGCUUGGGCCGCUCAGGCAAGAGGGAAUUGAAUGACAGCAGCCUGGGCCGCUCAGGAAAGAGGGAACUGAACGACGGCAGCCUGGGCCGCACCGGGCACAGAGAGUUUUAUGACAGGAGUUUGGGUCGUCGUACGACAAAGAGCGAGCAUUACGGCAGCAGUAUGUACGGGGACCACGGACUGUAUGACAGCAGCAUCAGAGGAGGGAGUGACCUCUAUGAUCCCAAACUGAGGCCUGGAAGUCAAACAGUGAAAGCUGACCUCUAUCAGACGUACAUCAGCAACGGCAAGGAAGAUAGUUACCAGACCUGCCUCGGAACAUACGGAAACCGAAAGUCCUUCCAAGCAAAUCCGGAUUCCUACAGGAAUGGCAUGAAUCUUGACGGCGGGAGAAGAUACUUCAAUGAACAAGAAUGGAUCAACAGAGAAAGCUACUGAUUCUCUCCACGUCCUUCAUUGUGUGUGUAUGUACAAUUGUGGACUGGGACAUGAGCAAAAAACUGCAUGUACGUGGUUAUAAUUGUUUGUUUGGUAUGUUUCUAAAACCUUUUAGGUCGAUUAUGAGGUGUUAAAAUUACAUUUUGAGGCUGUAUCAUUUGAAAUGAGUGCGUGAAUGAGUGUGUGUGUGAGCGAGAGUGUAAAGCAGCCUCUUUGCAUGGCCUUGUCAUGCUGCCCUUGUUCUAUUGAAUAUCUAUGGAUGUCUUGGACCAUUAUAUUACUUGUGCCUGAAGAUACUGUGUUAAUCACACCCUAGUUUAUCGGAUAUAAACAGGCUACCUCGUACAGAAUGAG